ACACACGCACUCUCUCGCGCGCACAGACACACAGACACACACGCACACAAGUUCCUUGGAAUUCCUUGGAGUGACGUUGAAGGAGCCAUACAAAUAGGACCCCAAACAACGUAUCUCAGACAGUUGACUGGCGAGGAAACUGAAUUGCCAACAGCAGUAGCCAAGAAGUAACCGCAUCAGAGAUAAUGGCAGCGUAUUUGGACCUUGGCAGCUGGGACUUGGCAUGCGCCCUCAAUAACGCUGAGCACCACACUGAGCUCAAUGGAGUGGAGCGCCUGAUCGUGAGAAGAGGCCAGAAGUUUACCAUCAACCUGAACCUGCGCUCUGGAGGCUACGAGCCGGGCAAACACUCUCUCACCCUCACCGCAGAGACAGGACCUCAGCCAUCGGAGGAGUCGUGCACCAAGGCCGUGUUCUGUGUGAGUGAUGACGCGGACAAGACGAAAUGGAGCGCCACUGCCAGCAGUCCCUCUUCAGGCACACUCGCCCUGGCCAUCAGCGCCGCACCAGACGCGCCCAUCGGCCGCUACUCGCUGACCCUGGAUCAGUUCGGCUAUAGGGUCAGCCUGGGCGAGUUUUUGCUGCUCUUCAACCCCUGGUGUCCCAGAGAUUCCGUGUAUUUGGCUGAUGAGGAGGAACUGAAAGAAUACGUUCUCUCUCAGGAUGGGAUUAUUUUCAGGGGCACUUACAAAUAUCCCAUAGGCAGCGCAUGGGAAUUUGGACAGUACGAGGCAGGGAUCCUGGACGCAUGUCUGCGGAUUCUGGAAGUGAGUCCAAAAUGCCUACAGAACCCAGGAGAGGACUGCUCUGCCAGAAGCAACCCUGUGUAUGUGACCAGAGUCAUCAGUGCCAUGGUGAACUCUAACGGGGAUUAUGGGGUGCUGACGGGGAAGUGGAAGGAGCCGUUUGAGGAUGGCAUGAGCCCCAUGUCCUGGAGGGGCAGUGUUGGGAUCAUGCAGCAGUGGCACCAGUCCGGCUGCAGGGCCGUGCGCUACGGCCAGUGCUGGGUGUUUGCCGCCGUGUCCUGCACAGUGGCUCGUGCUCUGGGCAUUCCAUGCAGGGUCAUCACCAACUACCUCUCUGCUCAUGAUACCAACCAAAACCUGGUGAUCGAGCGCUACAUCGACGAGAAGGGUCAGCCUGUCAACCGCACCAAAGACAGCAUAUGGAACUACCACUGCUGGGUGGAAUCCUGGAUGACCCGGCCUGAUCUCUCUGCUGGUUACGAUGGCUGGCAGGCCAGUGAUUCCACACCACAGGAGAAGAGUCAGGAUGUGUAUUGCUGUGGCCCAGUCCCUCUCAAGGCCAUAAAAGAGGGUCAGCUGAACAUGAAAUACGACGCUCCGUUUGUGUUUGCCGAGGUGAACGCCGACGUGAAGACCUUCAUGAAGAAGCCCAACGGCGCCACCGAAGAGGUCAUCAGCGCCGCCUUUGUAGGCCAGCGCAUCUCCACCAAGAGCGUGGGCAGUGACCAGAGGGAGGAUAUCACACACUUGUACAAAUACAGAGAGGGAUCUGAGGAGGAAAGAGAGACCUUCAAGAAAGCCGAACACCUGAACAAGCUCCAGCAGGACAAGGAUGUUGGGCUGGAUCUCAAGAUCAAGGUCAGUCCAUCCAUGAUGAAGGGCUGCGACUUUGACGUGUUCGCUGUGGCCAAGAACAACACGGCGACCGACAAGAAGUGCCGCCUGAUCUUCGCCUCCCGCGCCGUCUCCUACAGCGGCAUCCUCGGAGACGACUGCGGCUACAAGGACCUGCUCAACGUGGAGCUUCCACCCGGAGGAGAGCGGUCAGUGCCCCUGCGGCUGAACUACAGUAAGUACUGUGACUCUCUGACCGAAGACAACCUGAUCCGCCUGGUGGCUCUUCUCCAGGACCGAGGAACCGGCGACACGAUCCUGACCGUCAGAAACAUCAUCCUGGAGAACCCCGAAAUCAAGAUCAGGGUUCUGGGGGAGCCCAAGGUGAACCGUAAAUUGGCUGCAGAGAUCACGGUGAAGAACCCUCUGCCUAUUCCUCUCAAUGGCUGCUGCUUCAAGGUGGACGGAGCCAACCUCACAGGAGGCAAAACCAUCACUGAGAGACUGCCGUCUACGGUGGAGGCGGGCCAGGAGGCCAAGGUCAAAGUGUACUUCACACCAACCCACUGGGGCCUGAGGAAACUGGUGGUGGAUUUUGACAGCGACAAGCUCUGCCACGUCCAGGGUUACAGGAAUGUGAUCAUCGGAAAGUAGCUCUGCCGUCAUUUGUAUAUAAAGCAAAAAAGACUCAAACAUUUAAUGUAAUCGUAAGGUAAUGCCAUUGUAAAUGGCAUUUUAUAUUUUAUAUAAGAGAAUCUAAACUUAAAUCGUGGGACAGCAUUGGAGAGAAAAUGAAGACGAAGGCAUAUCAUAAAGAGCCUUUGGUUUGAAAGUCUUUUUGAAAGAAAUGUUGAAAUAUGUUUUCUAAGUCGCUUUGGAUAAAAGUGUCUGCCAAAUACCCUAACCAUUGGAGGAUAAUGUAUUUGAAAGGAAGUUCUCCCAGAAAAAGUUACUUUUAUACUCCAUGUCUUCUACUGUUAAAAGACAUACAUUUUUCUUGUAUACUCUGCUUUAUGUCUUGCAGCAUUUGAAAAUCAUAACAGGAAAAGCUAUCAAAUGUAUCUAGUAUUUGUUUGUCAUGACACAGAGAUUUAAUAAGAUUUCCAUGAAAUACACAUGACAUUGUGUAUUUAUGUGUUUUUAUUAAAAAGACGUUGAAAAAUG